UGACCAACGGAACUGUUUGGUUUCCUUCGAUUAGGCGCCAAAACCUAGAACUAGGGUUUAUUCCUUCCUCCCUCUUUCUCCCUAGUCUCUGCACUAAACCCUAACCCCCUAAUCAUAAUUCAGCUUCACACUCCUCCCAUUCUCGUAAAUUCCCUUUACAAAUAAGUGCCUACCCAUCCAUGUACUUAUGCUUCUUUCUUUCUGGCCAUUACCCAGUUCAUAUAAUCCAUUAAUUGAUUCCAGAGCUUAGAUGGAAGCCUCUGCUCCACCUACUUCGGCUGUAAUUAAGCCUAUAAACAAAGGCGUGGUUCAUCGAAUCUGUGCGGGUCAAGUCAUCUUGGACCUCUCCUCUGCUGUGAAGGAACUUGUUGAGAACAGCCUCGACGCCGGAGCUACAAGCAUCGAAGUCGCUCUCAAAGAUUACGGGGAAGAGUGGUUUCAGGUCAUCGAUAAUGGUUGCGGCAUUUCCCCCAAUAAUUUCAAGGUUCUGGCGCUUAAGCACCAUACAUCUAAGCUUACCGAUUUUCUGGAUCUUCAAUCUGUCACUACAUUUGGGUUUAGAGGCGAGGCUUUGAGUUCACUAUGUGCGUUGGGCAAUCUGACAGUUGAAACAAGAACGAAAAAUGAGUCAGUUGCGACGCAUUUGACUUAUGAUCAUUCCGGUUUAUUGGUGGCUGAGAGGAAGACAGCACGGCAGAUUGGCACCACUGUUGCUGUAAAGAAGCUGUUUUCAAACCUCCCAGUGCGAAGUAAAGAAUUUCAUCGCAACAUACGCAAGGAGUAUGGGAAGUUGAUCUCUUUGUUGAAUGCCUAUGCACUUAUAGCAAAAGGAGUCAGGUUAGUCUGCACCAAUACAACUGGAAAGAAUGUGAAGUCUGUGGUACUUAAAUCGCAAGGAAGUGGUUCACUUAAAGAUAAUAUCAUACAAGUCCUUGGAAUGAACACAUUCAACUGUUUGGAGCCCAUUUCUAUAUCUAUAUCAGACAGCUGCAGUGUUGAAGGGUUCCUUUCCAAGUCUGGACAGGGCAGUGGGCGCAAUCUGGGAGACAAACAGUACUAUUUUGUGAAUGGUCGACCAGUGGAUAUGCCUAAAGUUAGCAAGCUUGUAAAUGAGUUGUAUAAAGGAGCAAACUCCCGACAGUAUCCCAUAGCUAUAAUGGAUUUUAUAAUCCCAACCAAAGCAUGUGAUGUCAAUGUAACUCCUGACAAAAGAAAAGUUUUCUUUUCUGAUGAAAGCUCCAUUUUACAAGCUCUAAGAGAGGGCUUGCAGCAGAUAUAUUCCUCAAGUAAUGCCAACUAUUUCAUUAAUAAAGUUGAGGAACCCUCUAAGGAGGAAGAUUGCUCUGGCUUGUGCUCUCCUCCUGAAAUACCUAGAACACUCUCAAAACCAUUACCUGAAGAUGGAGUUGAUUCUAACAUUCACAAGGAGGAACAAACCGCAGAGGGAAAUACACUUCUUGGAACAUUCAUGACCAAGACUCCUAGUUUGCAUUCACUAGAAGGAUCAAACCCUAGGACUGAUGAAAAUUUGUUGGGGAAAGACUUCACUUUAAGAGUACAUGGCACCAAGAAGGCUGAUGGUUUUAUAGAGUCUACUAAUGGGAAGUCUGUAUCUCUUUCAUCUCCAGUUCAUACAACUAUUGCCGCAAAUAAUAAUUCAAAUAAUCAAGCAAGCAUUGUUCAAUCGUUGAAGCCUGAUGUCUUUAUAGAGUCUAUUUGUGGGAAAUUGACAAGUCAUGUCAGUAGUAAAUCUGAUGAGAAGUCUUCAUCCCCGUCAUCCACAGUUCAUACGGUUACUGUUGCAAAUAAUAAUUCAAAUAGUCGUUCAAGCAUUGUUCAAUCUUCAAUUAACAAAUUUGUAACUGUAAGCAAGAGGAAACAUGAAAGCAUUAGUAGCGUGUUAUCUGAAGUACCUGUCCUUAGGAAUCAUACUGUUCUUUGUCAAAUGGAGAAAAGUCAUUCUCAAACAAAUUCUCUGGCCACAAGAGCCUCGGUUGAAUGUCACCAAGUUGAUGACUGUACUGAGGCCAGCAAAAAUGUGCCGCAGAAGUUUCUUAGGGUGGACAGAGUUUUGGAUGAAGUUCUAGAUGAGCUCUCGCCUGCAGUCAAUAGUAAUGACAGCAAACCUGAACAACAGUUGGAGGAUGAACAUGAAGAGUUGCUUCCUGCUGAUAAUGUAUUAGUUGCUUCUUCCAACAAGGAUCUUGAGAAUAUGGAGGAUAAUUCAUUUGCUGCUCCACCAUCACAAUCUUUUGGUUUAGCAGUAGAUGCCCCAGUACCUUCUUCAGGUCAAAAAAUAUGUUCAACCUUACAGUUCAGUUUUCAAGAUCUUGUGUCAAAGAGGCAGCAGAGGAUGUCAAGGGUGCUUAGCAGUAGUAAUAGAUUUCAGAUUGUGAAGAUGAAAAGGUGUUAUGCUGCAGCAACACUGGAGCUUUCUCAACCAGAGAAUGAGGAGCGAAAAGCACGGGCUUUAGCUGCGGCUGAAACUGAGUUGGAGCGACUUUUCAAAAAAGAAGACUUUAGUCGAAUGAAGGUUAUUGGGCAAUUCAAUCUGGGAUUUAUCAUUGGAAAGUUAGAUCAAGAUUUAUUUAUUGUGGAUCAACAUGCUGCUGAUGAGAAAUACAAUUAUGAGCGUUUAGCACAAUCAACAGUCCUAAGCCAGCAGCCUUUGCUUCGGCCACUGAUUUUGGAGCUGUCUCCUGAAGAAGAAGUAGUUGCUUCAAUGCAUAUGGACAUAAUCAGGAAAAAUGGGUUUGCUUUGGAAGAGGAUCCACAAGCUCCACCAGGGCGCCAUUUUAAACUGAGAGCUGUUCCCUUCAGUAAAAACAUUACUUUUGGAGUUGAAGAUGUCAAGGACCUGAUCUCUACCCUUGCCGAUAGUCAAGGUGAAUGCUCAAUAAUGAGUAGUUACAAAAUGGAUACUUGUGAUUCUGUUUGCCCUGCUAGAGUUCGUGCUAUGUUGGCAUCUCGUGCUUGCAGAUCAUCUAUCAUGAUUGGAGAUCCUCUUGGACGAAAUGAAAUGCAAAGGAUUCUUGAGCAUUUGGCAACGCUGAAGUCUCCUUGGAAUUGCCCUCAUGGCCGACCAACAAUGCGGCAUCUGGUGGACUUGACAACCUUGUACAACAGACCAGAUGAUCAAAAUGACACAAGUUCUUGAUUGACCAUUUUGUUAAUUUAUGUUGUUCGCGUGCCUUCUUUUCAAUUUCCUUUUUCAUCCUUUUUGGCUGGGGAAUUUUGUAUGAGUCUCUGUUGUGUACUCUAAUGCAAUUUGAACUUCACAACAGAUCUUCAUAUGUAUAUUUUGUAUAUACAAGAUAAAUAAUGGGUGCCCCCAGUAACAUGAACUAAAAAUGUACAUGCAUAGAAAACUUGGCACUACGAGACUAUUCUUUUUUUUU